AUGUUGAUCUUCAGCUUGCUACGCUCUACAAAUUACAAUCAAGUUCUGUCCACUGCAGCAAAACUCGAGUCGAAUCUUUCGCUUCGAGGAAAAUUUCUGCAACAGGCACGAUGCCUUGCGGUGCCUGGAGGGAAAGCUGUUUUCAAGCGCGAUAAGCCACAUCUGAAUGUUGGAACGAUUGGACAUGUUGAUCACGGAAAAACCACUCUCACUUCAGCUAUCACAAAAGUGCUUGCUGCACAGAAAGGCGCUAAAUUCCGUAAAUAUGAGGAUAUCGACAAUGCACCUGAAGAAAAGGCUCGAGGGAUCACGAUCAAUGCUUUCCAUCUCGAGUACGAGACAGCAAAAAGACAUUAUGCUCACAUUGAUUGCCCUGGACAUGCCGAUUACAUCAAGAACAUGAUCACUGGAGCCGCUCAAAUGGAGGGAGCCAUCUUGGUAGUUGCGGCAACGGAUGGAGCAAUGCCACAGACCCGCGAGCACUUGCUUCUUGCAAAACAAGUUGGAAUUCCACUUCAAAAUGUUGUUGUCUUUUUGAACAAGAUUGAUGAAGUCCCCGAUAAAGAAACACGAGAGCUUGUUGAAAUGGAAAUUCGAGAACUUCUGAACGAGUUUAAAUAUCCCGGUGAUACAAUCAAGGUGAUUCCUGGGUCGGCUCUUUCAGCAUUGGAAGGGAAGAAUCCGGAUAUUGGAGAAGCGGCCGUGAAACAAUUGCUCAGUGUUUUGGACGAUGACUUUGUGAUCCCUGACCGCAACAGCAACGAGGAGCCGAUGUUUGCUGCUGAACAUGUUUAUUCAAUCAAAGGUCGUGGGACCGUGAUCACCGGAAAAUUGGAGCGAGGUACUUUGAAGCGAGGAGACAAGAUUGAAAUCGUUGGUUGUGAUCGUGAAAACCUUACUUCUGUAAUAUCCGGAUUGGAAUCUUUCCAUAAAACAGUCGAGCAAGCCUUCCCUGGAGACCAACUUGGAGUUCUUUUGAGAGGACUCGGCCCAAAGGAUGUUCGACGUGGAUGCUGCCUGUUGCCUGCUGGUCAUAAGCACAAGCCCACCGACAAAGUCAAAGCACAACUAUAUGUUUUGAAGUCAUCGGAAGGUGGAGGAAAGCUCCCAAUUGCAAAUUACUUCAACGAACACUUAUUCUCACUCACUUGGGACACUGGCGCUUUGGUCAAAAUUAUUGGCAAAGAUUUUAUUAUGCCAGGAGAAAGCGGAGAGGUGGAACUUAUGCUUAACAACAAGAUGUUUAUCGAACCCCAACAGCGCUUUACGAUUCGUCAGGGAUCAACCACUAUUGGCACGGGAGUGUUUACAGAUGUUCUUCCAUCUCAGACUACUGAAGAAAAAGAUGCAAAGGCACGUAGAAAGCUGAUGAAGGCCGAAGCUGAGCGACUUGGCUUCAAUCCAUAUGGUGAAGGACAAGAGCGCCGUCUCAAACUCGACCUAACGAGUGCACCAAAGGACAACCCUAUGGCCAAGGCUUUUGCUGUUGAAGGUCAACAA